GCCGCGGUGCCGCUGUCCCGCCUCCACCUCCUCUUGUCCCGUCCGCGGAGCUGCAGCACCUCACUCCCUCCGGCGACCUGCCCUUUGCAGCAUUUCAGAAGAACCUAAAGACAAAAAGAAGAAGAAAAAAACAACAGGAUAAAAGUUAUUUUCAUGGAAAGAAAGGCUCCAAGUACAGGACCAUGGGGUAUGGGCAAAUCCUCCACCGGCGUGGGAAUGAGGAGGACCAGGUCCACCUCAACGUGGGAGGGGUGCGACAUGAAGUGGACCCGCACAUGCUGCUCCGCUUCCCUCACACUCGCCUGGCUCGUCUGCUGCGCUGCCAGAGCGAGGCGUCGAUCCUGGAGCUGUGUGACGACUACAGCCCGGCAGAGAAGGAGUACUACUUCGACCGAAAUCCCCGGGUCUUCCUCUGCGUGCUCAACUUUUACCAAACGGGACGUAUCCACAUGAUGGAGGAGCUGUGCGUGUUCUCCUUCAGCCAGGAGAUCGAAUACUGGGGCAUCCAGGAGCUCUACCUCAGCCCUUGCUGCAACAACUGGUAUCACGAGAGGAAGGAGUACAUCGAGGACAGGGACUGGGACGUGAGGAGCGAUGACCAGCCGAGCUUCGAUUCCUCUUUCGAGGAGCUCUCCGCUCUUGACAAAGACUUGGCUAAGUUUAAAGGUGCCUGGUGUGCAGAACUGAGGAGCUACAUUUGGCUCCGACUGGAGGAUCCAGGUCACUCCAGAGCCUCAAAGAUCAUCGCGGUGGCUUCCCUCAGCGUGGUGCUGACCUCCAUCGUUGCGAUGUGUGUCCACAGCAUGCCUGAUUUUCAGCGUUUGGAUGACAACGAUCGGCCCAUUGAGGAUCCUGUCCUUGCAGUCCUGGAGGAGAUAUGCAUCGCCUGCUUCUCAGCAGAGUUCAUCAUCAGGCUGAUCGUCGCGCCCUCGCGGAGGAAGUUCUUGGGGAACCCAUUAAACAUCAUCGACGUUGCUUCCAUUUUGCCAUUUUAUGCCACAUUAGCUCUGGAGACGGCCGACGAGGAGGCUGCAGAGGAGAACGAGGACCUAGAAAACGUUGGGAAAGUGGUGCAGGUUCUGCGCCUCAUGAGGGUUCUGAGAAUCCUCAAACUGGCCCGCCACUCCGUCGGGCUGCGGGCGCUGGGCGCCACCGUCCGCCACAGCUACCACGAGGUGGGUCUGCUUCUCCUCUUCCUCUCGGUGGGAAUCUCCAUCUUUUCCGCCCUCAUCUACUUUGCAGAGAAGGAGGAGGAGAAUGCGGAUCUGGGCACCAUCCCUUCAGGUUGGUGGUGGGCCACGAUCACGAUGACCACAGUCGGCUACGGCGACACGUGCCCGGUGACGCUGCCGGGGAAGCUCGUGGCCACCUUGUGUAUUAUCUGCGGACUGUUGGUGGUGGCUCUGCCCAUCACCAUCAUCUUUAAUAAGUUUUCAAAGUACUAUCAAAGAAACAAAGCCAUGGAGGGGCAGGGUAUCACUAAGCCAGAGAGACAAGACCCGGAGCUUCCCAACUAUAACAUCCGAGACUUGUUCACAGAGAGUGUGAUUCCCUUUAUAGGGGGCAUCACCUUCAGGAACAGUGUGAGCAGCAAAGGGGACGAAACAGAUGCCUCCAGCCUCCAGGACAUUGAAGAGUACGAUAGUGACACUUGUGAAAAUGGAGCCACAAAAUGAGGUUCACAGAGUACCACUCCCUUUUACGACCACUAGUUACUCUGAGCCUCUCGGGGCAGAGCGCUUCAUCACUGACGCUGCCCUUCCUCCUGCAAUUUGACAGAGAAAUAUUGUGUCCAUGAAGGUUUUGAAGGGGAAAAGCCUGUGAAACGUAGCAUUGCUAAAACCAAGAUAACCUAAAGGGAAUUAUCUGAACCUUGCUCAGAGGUUUGAAAGCCCAUUUUCCGCUUGAGAAAACAGCAAUGAUGCAUGUAGGAGGCCAUAAUGUUAAUGUUUUUCAAAGUAAUGUCCUCUAUUGAUUUGUCUGCUCGCUGAAAGUUCAGAUAUUAAAAAGUCUAGAACGACAACGGCGGCGCUGUUUGGUGUUUAAAAACGGCGUUACAGAUCUCCAAGCUGACUGAUGUUACUCAGUUCUGCGUGACCAAAAAUAAAUGCAUCUUGAAAGAGAGUAAUAAAAAUAGUCACGUAGAAUCAUUCAGGGGUAUUGAUGCAGAUGAAGCUCAGAGUAGUUAUUAAACUUUUGUUUUGGAGAUCUGUCGCGGGGCAUGUCGGGGGGUAGCUCAUGUGGAAAUAAAACCCAGAAGAAAGACGAUUCUAAUAAGUGGAACCUUUACACCACAGUAAAGUUUGUUGCAUCCAUCUUCAUAAGCCAGCGCUGUGCAGAAUUUCAUUUGCAGAAAUGACUCUCUAAACCAAAAGUAAGUCAUUCAAGUGGUAAAUGCGCUGACACUACAAAGGAAAUGUUCUUUACCUAUUCACGCUUUUCUCUUCCUGAGAGCAUUGAUCUCCUGUUCCCCAUCAUAACGUCCACUUGGAUGAGCCGCUCUCCUACCGAAACAAGAGAUGUACAAAAAUCUUGUCUCUGCAGGAGUGCUCAUGCAGCCGGCCACAAGCAUUUUCCCCUCAGUAGAAUGUUACCUGAACCGCCUAUUUUCUCAUUGCAGAUAAAGUUCCGCUGGAUUCUUAUCUUGUGGCCGAAUUCGAUGUCAGGUCAGGAAAUGAAACCUGUUAAACGAUCACAAAUGACUGCAAGCAACAGCACACCGAUCUUGCUUCACGGCAGGCUGUGCCCCAGACUAAAUGCAGCCUAACCUGGACAGAUAAACCCAAUUACUCCCUGAUUAUUCAGUAACAGUACACUAAACGAGUUUCGAUCACUUGGCUUCCUGUAUCAGGCGUGCAUCACUUAGCAGAUUAGCAUAUUGCUUAAUCCACGCUUUCAGGCUCAUUUUAAUGUCAGAGAAAAUCGUUUUGGGUAACCUCUGAUUAUCAAUGAAUCCACAAACAGGUGUAAAGUUUAUUCAGCGCUGGUGGCUGUGCAUGUAUGUGUAGUAUAUGCAAGAUUUUUAUAUAUUUGAGGGGUCACCAGAUGAUUGAAAGGAAAAGAAACUGUAUUUUCUCUCAUGAAAAUUAUAUUUGUCUUCUGGUUUUAUGGUAAAAUGUAUUUCUUGCUGGUGCUCAGUAAAUGUACAUACAGGCAUAAAGA